CAAUUCAACAAAAUUCAGAAGUUUACCCCUCUAUUCUAACGGCUACAUUUCUUUCUCCUCUCCUCUUCUUGUCUCCAACGCCCUCAAUCUCAGCAAUCUUGCCCAAAUUAACAAACCCCACUCUAUCUUCUCUCUUCUCUCUCUGUAGUUUACUGAUCGGAAUCAACCACUUCAUGCAGCCAAGAAACACAAUCUUCAGAGAAAUUAUUUGCAAUGAACAAAUCACAAAUUUGUUGGAUCCAAGCAAAAGAAAUCUUCAGAUAAGAGAAGAUGUCAAAUCUGGUGUUUAUGUUGAAAAUUUGACAGAGGAGUAUGAAGAUGUCACACAAGUACUGGUAAAGGUUUGCUUCGUUUGCCAUGUGAGGAAAUCUGUGGAGAGAUCCUUUUUGUUUUGUAUAAAGUAUCCAUCCUCCAAUGUGAAUCCAUCAAUAGUGACGGAGCUGAUGUUCUUUUUGCUCACUGUCCUAAGCUCUUGCAUCUUUCAUUGGAGGCUUUGAUGAAAACCCGAGACGAUGACGUUCGCCUAUAGGUCUGUCACAUUCUCUAAGGCUUUUUUUUCUUCCUUUGUAGCAAAUUCUAUUUAUUCUACUUGGUAAUGUCAUCUUUUGACCUCUCCGAACUUAGGGUGCAAUCUCAAA